GCGGGCUCCUGGCCAGACCCCGGCUCCGGGCAACUGGCCUUGACUCCCAGGUUCUGCCUCCGGGAAAGCCAUGGACGGGGAAAGGUUAAGAAACUUCAAGGAACUUCAAGCCAAAUUUCAGAAGCUUGAUGCAUCGGCUCUUCCAGGAGUUAUUAAAUUCCCAGCAGGUGUUUCUCAAAAGGGUGACAUUGGAAGCACACAGCCCACAAGGAUUUUGGCCAAUGGGAAACCCCUCUCAUCCAACCACAAUCAGUCCCCACCAUAUUGUCCCAGUGGUGAACCCCAGCCUUUUAAACCCCAGAAAAUGAAGUUGGCCCAGAGGAGUGAGAUUCAGAAAUGUUCUGAUUCCCCAGGACCUCCAGGAGGCUCUUCUAGUUCUGCAGUAAAUUCACAGAAGGCAUCUCUGCUGUUAGACGUGAAUCAGUCAAAUGCUGAGAUAACCAAUGAGAAAGUAAUGGUGACCAGUAGCUUCAGAGACAAGCUCUGGAACUGGGAGAAGGUUUCAUCUCAGAAAAAUGACGUGUCAUCAGCCUUUCUUCUUGCCAAUUGUGGAAGUAGGGCCAUCCAUCUAGAAAAGCAGGAAAGCAUGGGGGUUACUCCAGAGGAGCCCAGGAAAAAGCUGGAAACCAAAGGUGCCCAGACCCUUCCUUCCCAGAGGCACUUGAUGGCCCAAAGAAAAUCACGUGCUGCCUCUGAAGAUCCUACUUUUCUACUUUCUCAACAUGACAAGAAGAGCCUAGAAAACCCCAGUCCUGAGAGAAGCCCAGCAGAGAGCACCUGCCAGCCUAUCUAUGAUAGUGAGCUCAUCAGCCAGGCCCCAGAAAAACAGCCAGAUGUCAGGCAUCACCAACUUCCCAAAACGAAGCCACUGCCUUCCGUGGAGUCCCUGGGUCCACCUCCCCGAAAGCCGCCCAAGCCCCCGCUGGUGAACCUCCAGGACUUCCAGAGGCAGAGGCGGAGGCGGAGGCGGACAGCUGCUGCACCCAGGACCCACAGGGAAGACGCCGUGGAAGAAGGUGACCUGCCUCCAGGGAGUGCUGAAUUUGAAGAACCGCAUAAUUACGAGGCAACAAUUUCGUAUCUGAGACACUGUAGCAACUCCAUUAACCUGUGCACCGCAAAAGAAAUGGCUGAUUCAACUUAUGAAGUUGGAAUCGAAGAACUCCAAAAGCCUUGGAAGAGUUCUCUCCAUCAAGAGCUUAGCCCGAAAUAUGAAGAUGAAGAUAAAAACACGAAGGAAAAGGAGCCAUGUGAAUUGGAAUCUCAUAAAUCAGAAAAGGACCCACCUUCAAACCAUCUUGUCAAGGUGGGUGCCCAUGACGGCACACCUGGAAAAGUCCAGGUGAUGAAAGUCCACAGCGGUAAAAGGAACGUGCAGGCUGGGAAGCAGGACGCUGUAAUUGACGUCAUCCAGACACAGGCCUGUCCCGAGGACCCGAAGCUGGCCAGGCUCUCGCAAGACCACGGUGGGUAUGUGGAGGCCUUGGAGGUGACUAAAGAAAUCCCAGGCCAAGGAGCCUUUCAGCCAAAUUCCAUCUCAGAGGAGAUUUACGAUGAUGUUGAGUACCCUGGGAGAGAGGGACCGAAGUCAGACUUUGCUAACUCGUUUGCCUCAGAUAAUGAAGAAAAUAGUGAAGAAACGUAUGAAGAUAUCUACAAAGCAAAGAGCAACUACUCAAAGAUAGAUUUAGAUGGAAAAGAAGCUCUUAAGAGACUGCAAAGAUUUUUCAAGAAAGAAAAGAAUAAAUUUAAAAUGAGGAAAACCAAGUCGAAAGAAAAUUUAAGUGCGUUUUCCAUUUCGCUGCCUGAUUUAGAACUUAGGUCUCAAGAAGUUAUUAUCUAUGAUGAUGUGGACAUAAACGAAAAAGAGUCCAAAGAUGAAGAUAAACUAAAAGCUUGGAAGCCCAAGUUUUUGAUACCAAAGGAAAAAAAAGAGAAGAAAUGUGCUGAAGAAUCAGAAAGUUUAUCUCCUAGAAAUUUCUUCAGACCUAAGAAGCAAAACUUAGAAAAGAACAGAAUGGAAAGAGAAGAAAAACUUUUUAGAGAAAGAUUUGAGUAUGACAAAGAGAUCACUGUCAUCAACACAGCAGUGGCAUGUAGCAAUAAUUCAAGAAAUGGAAUAUUUGAUUUGCCAAUAACCCCUGGAGAAGAGCUGGAAGUCAUUGAUAUCACUGAAGAAAAUCUAGUGAUAUGUCGCAAUUCGAAAGGCAAAUGUAAGUUAUUGGCUUAUCAUCCACAAAAUUUCAAGCAGUUUUUAAAAAAAAUCUCAAAGAAUCAUCUCUAUAACUUUCAGAUUAGUAAUAAUGAUUUUUGUUUCUAUAGAUGGAUACGUGCUAAUUGAACAUCUAGAUUUCAAGCAUCAAUGUUGGUCACCUUAGGAAGAUGGAGAUCGAUGGUUUGGGCUGCCCAAGUGAGAACUAGUUCUGAGAUCUUAGCCCUGCCUCCCAUCAGUUUCAGUUUACACGUCAAAUUGAGGUGGCAGAAUCUGUGGAAACUUCCCUUAGGAAUUUA